UAAACAAUCGCCAAACGGCAUUUAUAUAAACCUACUGUACUCAUUUAAUGUAUAUGUUUUUAACGUCAGAUUUUAUGAAGAAAAUCAGUGAACGACGAAAAUAUGGUGCUAAAACAUCAAACCACUGCAACAAAAUCAUCACAGCAGGGAGACACAAACAAGAUUUAAAAAUAAAAUAAUCAUGCGUAAUCAACAAGUUACAUGUUCGACUUCCGCGAGCGCCGACGUAUAACGUCCCUCCCCCGGACUACCAAAAAAGGAAACUGUUUCCUGGGUGCACACGCUCACUCAGCAGGUUUGUUUUGUUUUGCUUUAUCGCACGAGAUGGUGACGAUUUGUAGUCUCCCUGAAAAUGUUUUAGAGACUGUUUUCUUGUUUUUGUCUGCGGCCGAUCUGAUACAUUGUAGCCGUGUGUGCAGAUAUUGGAAAAAAAUAGCUGAACGCAAACGGCUCUGGAAAAAUGUGGAUUUGAGGCCAUCUAAGAUGCCUUUUAAAUGGUUGUGGCUAUUAGUGAAGCAAUAUCUGGGGUAUAAUUUGAAGAAUUUGCAACUAGAGGGGCAGUUGAAGCUUCAGCUGGAAGAGUUAACAAGAGAUAUGCUUAUGAAUCUUAAACAACGAUGCCCGAAUUUAAAACAGCUUUGCAUCUCAACAAUGGAUCUUAAUUGUAUUGCUUACAGCAUUCUCCCACCAUCUCUUGAAACUCUAGAACUUAGUUUCUGCGUACUUCACCCAGAUUGGUUUAGCGAUACUGGGAUACCAGAGGACUCCUUUAAGCCGCCAAGAAUACAUCAUCUUAUUGUGAAAAACAUGAAGGAUUUCUCUGAUAAACACCUGGUGCACAUCUGUAGUCGUGUGAGCCUAAGCACACUGAUUAUUUCUGGAAAGUGCUCUGUGACAGAUUACGGAAUUAAAAUGUCAGCAGCAGCAUUGUCAGACGUUACUCAUUUGAAAUUGACUGGUUAUAAUGUCACAGAAGAUUCUCUCUCAUUAAUUCUAGGGCAUAUUCAGAAGGUCCUUGUACUGGAGCUUUCCUUCUUUCGGUUUAUGUAUCCCGACAGUCUGUCUUGUCUUUCUGGUCAUAAAACAUUAUGUUACUUGUGUUUGGACUACUGUUUAAAUCUUUCCUAUGAGAGACUGGUCUCUUUGUGCAGUACACUACCAGCACUGCUGAGCCUUGACCUCCAACGAAGCUCAUUCAGUUCUGAGGAACUGCAGAUAAUUCGGGCAGCACUCCCAAAAUGUACAGUACUAAUUCCGCCAAACCGUUGAUCCCUGAGCAGUGUUGUUUGCAGAAUCAGAUGGUGUACAUUAGCUAGGUAGCUUGAUGCCAGCUGUAAAAUCAGAUACCCUCCUGUCAGCAUCUUAUACCUUACUGCAUACCAUGUUUACAUUUAAGUGGUGGUCAUGGUUAGGUGAGAUGGUCCUCAAUGCAUUCUCGGACUAUAUUUGUACUUGUAAUCUUCAUCUGUGGCAUUUGGGAGAUGAACCUUCCACAGUCUUUCUCUCUUUUUUGUCCAGAUUGAAAGGUACAUUU